AUGUCCCUAAUCACCCCACCACCACCCAUUACCAUCGAAGACCUUUACGCUUUCCAAGCAAAGCACUUCCCUGGGAGCGUCAUCGCCCAGACACCACAGCCACAACAAGUGACCAAUACCAACCAGCCCGAAGAAUACCCCUCAUACAACCACGAAGAACAAUACACCUUGGAAGAAGAGCAGUAUGAAUACUACGAAGAACAAGAAGAAGAAGACCUAGGCUACUACCCCGAUGGCGUGAAACGCACCCUCACGGACGAACAAAUCCGCAUAUUCAGACAUAGUGAGAUCCAUGCCUUGAGGAGGGAGAAGGAGUUGCGGGAGGAAGAGGAGGCGGCGGCUGCUGCUGCUGCUGCGGAGCGUGCCGUAGUUGCAGACGCGGACGUAAAGACCGACGCAGCUGGUACAGAAGAAGAUGCGGAUGUGAAGAUGGAUUAUGGGGAUGGGGCUGGGGGUGCUUCUGCUUCUGCUUCUGCUUCGAAUACGAAUUCGAAGGCGGCUUCUAGGCCUGUGCCGCAGUUUACGGGCAGGAGGAUCAUUUCGUAUGAUGAUUGA